AUGAGUAACACCUCACAGCAUUGCUGCUAUCAAUACUACUACUACUACUACUACUACUACUACUACUACUACUACUACUACUACCACUACUACUACUACUACUACUACUACUACCACUACUACUACUACUACUACUACUACUCCUAUUUCCAUACCUGCCCUUGUUUUCUUGGAAUUAUCGUGACAUUCUCAUCCACAUCUGAAAGCAAGGUUCUACAGGAACAAGCGGUGCCAUUAGUUCUUUCUAUCUGGCACAACAAGCCAGAUCUGCCACGGCUUUCUGCUCGGGCUUCGGAUAUGCCUUGGAUCUACUAUAAUCCCACCAAAGGCUCUACCGCACUUCGUGAAACUUCCAUCACCAACGUAUACACUCCGAAUAGCUUACUGGACGUUCGAUUGGUCACAUUUUCAUUGGACGGUCAAUUUCUCGGAUUGACUAGUGCUGUGACCGGGGGUGAUUUGCAACUGUGCAAAGAUACGGUCCAACGGAUGCAAGCAGCUUACGAAUUUGGGACGGCCUACCGACAAGAGUGUCAAAUUCUGGCCGAUGAUUUGUUCAAUACUACAAAAUAUCCACUGUUGUUCUACGAUCCAUAUUUGAUGUUUUAUGACCCGGAUACAAGCCUGAAUCGUCUGAUGCCCAUACCCAUACUGAAUCAGGCCUUAGUGGGUGACCAAAACACGUUCACCAAUGUGGUUAGCCAAACUGAUUUGAACAGUCUGUACGAGGCGUUAGGGUUUGGCAAUUCCGCUUCGGCCGUCUCGAUUGAAACCAGUAUUUUGGACAAGUGGGAGCUCACUCGGCGUCUGUUCUUGGUGGACAAUGUGGCGGGCAAAUCUACGGAAUCAACCACACCCACUACACUUGUCCGGUACGCAUCGGAUAUUGAAUUACGAAUAGCUCCACGUGGUUCCUCGCAAGAUGGUCUUAUCUAUCCUCCAUUGUUGGUCGUGAAUUAUGCCAAUUUGUAUGCAGCCGGUGAUUACGGGACCGGAAAACUGGUCAAGAUCACUUUCCGCGUCACCUAUCAACAAAUGACCGAUCAACAAGCCACAUUGGACCAAAAUAUUCGUAUUGCUAUGGGUGUGAUCUCUGCCCUGGCCGCCUGUGUGGCCAUGGUUCGCACAUGGCUUUGGUCUCGUCGCGCUGGGGUGCUUCGACUGGAUGGGAUGCUCAUACUGAAAUUACUCCUCCUGGCUGCCGGAAAUAUGGCCAAUGGAUUUCUGAUUGUGAUCUAUUGUGUGUGCAUUUAUUUUCUUAUUUUCUACAAGAUGCAAAAGGUCUACAUGGUUCAACUGCCCAACUCGGACAAUUUUGUAUUGUCCUAUGUGGCUGCUGGUUUUGCUCUGAAAUUCAUCGAUUUAAUACACUUGUUGGCGGUACAGUGCAAUGUGGAUGUGUUUUUCAUUGACUGGGAACAUCCGAAAACACGUGCCACCAAACCGAUUCAGUCGUGCAUACCCGAUCAGACAGGUGAUCCGUUCACCACGGACGACAUUGAGGGAGAACAGAACGAGAUUUUCCAACCAGCCAAAUUUCUCGAACCGGACGCCCAGUAUGUGGAUAGUGGUGUUUCGGUAUGGCGAACCAUAUAUGUGGCAAAUGAAUGGAAUGAAAUCCAAACACAUCGUAAAACCAGCUCACUUGUGACUUUUGCCUCAGUGUUAUUCUUCAUGAAAGUGAUUGGUUUCGAGAAUUUGGCCUCUAUGGAUGCACAUUCCUAUUUCACCCGGGACCCGUUGCAAUACCACAGCGCGGAUAGUCGAAUUUUCCGAAUCGCUCUUAUCUUAUCCAUCAUGAUUAUUACAGGUAUCAUUCAAUGGUUCUUGCUCAUUGUGGUUUGGGAACGCUGUUCGUCAGAUAAGUUGCGCAGCUUUGCCGACCUGUGCAGUGUGAGCAAUGUGUCCGUUUUCAUCCUGUCCCAAACCAAUUUUGGUUACUACAUUCACGGUCAUUCACCAACCGGACAUUCGGAUGUGGAUUUGGGCGGGCUGGUCAUGAUGUUGGCCGCAGAGAAUAGCGGUGUGGCCGCACGACGAGGUAUCAUCACGGACUCGGAUGAUCAUACCUAUCGAAUGGCUUUACCGUCCGCGUUCCGUCAAGCAUUCAAUCGUUUGUACGAACCUCUAUUGUCCGGAGCGACAGUCGCGCCGAAAUCGGGAAAAAGCAAGUUGAGCUUGGUCAACUUUUCCGCGAUUGAUGUCUACCAGGCUUUGAAUCGGUUUCUGAUUCGAUUCAUUUCACGUGUACGUGGUAAUCAUUACAAUAUACUUGCUGGGCAAAAUUUUGUUUGGCAAAAAGAAUUCGGACAUCCGUCGUGA